GUACGAGAUCUUUACUGCCCUGAAUACUCGUGGCCAACGGGAAGAGAAGGUCCAGGAAUCUGUGUUCACAGAUACCUCCUGACAGGAAAACAAGCGAGAAACUAUCCUGUGUUUGUACAGGAAAGGACAAAAUCAUGCAAAAGUCCUGCAAUGAAAAAGAAGGAAAGCCCAAGUGCAGUGAGCCAAAGAGGGAGGAUGAACACCCCUAUGGAGCGUUUGAAGGCCAGCGACUGGAAGGGAAUUUCAGACAGAGGCUGCUUCAGUCUCUUGAAGAAUUUAAAGAAGACAUAGACUAUAGGCAUUUUAAAGGUGAAGAAAUGACAGGAGAGGAAGAAGAGAUGGAAAGGUGUUUGGAAGAAAUAAGAAGUCUGAGAAAAAAAUUUAGGGCUCUGCAUUCUAACCGUACCUCUUCUCGGGACCAUCCCUUUUAAUGCAGUGGCCUCAGAAAUUAUUUUCUGUUAUUAAUAGUCCCAUUGCUUUCUGUUUUCACUUGGUUUUAUAAAUAUUUAAUACUUCAGUUUUGGUUACAGCCAUAAAACCUCAUGUAUAAACCUCAUACUGUCCACAUCCCACUUUUCAAUUUCACCCCACCAACUUAAUAAGAAGUUUUGUCCGUGUAUAUGAAAGGACAAUCAUCUGGUAGUUUAUUGUAAACCCAAAACUGAAGCUGAAGACCAUUGUGCAUGCCUUAUGUGUUCACUUAUGAAUGAUACCAUACCAAAGAGGUUAAUCUAUGUGAUCUGGAUUCUCUUUCUUUCCACAAAAUGAAUAUAUUCAUAUCUGUAUUUGUUUUAUUAAUUUUGUAUCACAAAAUGGAAAACAAUUAGACUUACAUGAAAGAGGCUUAUAAAUCACUUUUGGAAAGCAGUGAAACAGUAAACUUUUAAUAACAGAAGUAUAAGAAAGGCAUGUCAACUGCAAAUUGCCUUUGGAUUUCUUAGCCAGAGGAAUAAACUGAGCAUUAUAAAAU